AUGCCACAGACAAUGAUCCUUUUCCAGCCAGAAAACGAGUACUGUGCUGCGGUCGAUCCGUAUCCAUUUCCUGACUAUGAUUACUGGGACUACGUUGUUGAUCACUUCCGUGAGCCCGGAAUUGUUGUGCCGUCUGUGAAUAACGAAGCAUGGCCGCUCGGUGCAAUCACUCCAACCACCCCAGCUAAGGUAGAUAUCUAUGGCCACGAUUCUUACCCGCUUGGAUUGGCGGCAGUCACAUCUGGCGAUCUCACCAAGCACACCAUAUACGCUCCCCGAAAAUUCGAACGAGUCCUCUACAAGAAUGUGUAUGCCGCUGGAGCGACCAUCUUUAAUAUCUACAUGACAUAUGGUGGCACAAACUGGGGCAAUCUUGGCCAUUCUGAUGGCUACACAUCCUACGACUAUGGAGCUCAAAUUGCCGAAGAUCGCUCGCUCACGCGGGAGAAAUACAGCGAGUCCAAGCUUCAAGCUAACUUCUUCCAUGUCUCGCCGGCGUUCUUGGAGACAGAUCGGUGGAACGCUUCCCUUGAGUGGACUGACACAGGUCUCAUCACCGUGACCCCCGCGACAACGAACACCACAAAGUUCUACAUCGCAAGGCACACAACAUACGACUCCCUGGAUACUACCAAGUAUCGGCUGAAAGUCCAGACUGUGCAAUUCGGAAAUCUUACUGUGCCACAAAUAGGUGACAGUCUGUCAUUAACGAGAAGAGAUUCGAAAAUCCACGUCAGUGAUUAUGCAGUUGGCAACAAGAACCUUGUAUACUCCACAGCCGAGAUCUUCACUUGGAAGCAAUAUGAGGAUAGAACUGUUCUUGUUGUCUACGGUGGUCCAGAUGAAUACCAUGAGAUAGCUCUGAAGGGCGAAGCUAGCAAUGAUAAUGAUGUUAUCGAGGGCUCAAAUGUAAAGGUUACCACCAAGACGGGGCUCACCAUCCUUGGAUGGACCGUCUCAGCUGAGCGCACGGUUGUCCGUGUCCAGAAAGAUCUUUACAUAUACUUUCUAAUCCGUAAUGAGGCGUACAAAUACUGGGUCCCUGCCACUCCUUCCGACUAUGGCACUUCAGAUGUCAUUGUCAAAGCUGGCUAUCUAGUUCGUACAGCGGAAGUGAAUGGUGGUACUCUGAGUCUUGUUGGUGAUGUGAAUGCAACUACUCCAGUCGAAGUGAUCGGUGGCGCACCAGCAAAUCUGAAGUCAUUACUAUUCAACGGCAAGCCGUUGUCAUUCAAACAAGACAAAGUCGGUGUGGUCACAGCUACAGUUGACUUCAAGAAACCUACUAUCAAGAUCCCAUGUCUGAGUUCCUUGAAAUGGAAGUAUAUCGACAGCCUUCCAGAGAUCCAGCCGGAAUACUCUGACGAAGCAUGGACUGCCGCCGAUCUGGAGAAGACCUUCAACACUCACCGACCUCUCGAUACUCCUACCAGUCUGUAUGGAGGUGAUUAUGGUUAUCACGCGGGAUCUUUGGUGUAUCGUGGCCACUUCACUAGCAAUGGCGAAGAAACAGAAUUCAACAUUACUACUCAAGGUGGGAACGCUUAUGGGACGUCUGUUUGGCUGAAUGAUCAGUUCAUUGGCUCAUGGGUCGGAAACGCCAUUACGUCAGCUUUCAAUAGUACAUUUGUGCUGCCUAAGCUGAAAGCAGGACGGGAGAAUGUGUUUACUGUGGUUGUGGAGCAUAUGGGCCUUAAUGGAAACUGGGUCGUUGGAGCAGAAGAGCAGAAGAAUCCUCGCGGCAUUCUCAACUACGAACUCGCUGGUCAUCCGAAGUCGGAUAUCUCGUGGAAGAUAACAGGAAAUCUUGGUGGAGAAGACUAUCAAGACAAAUCCCGGGGCCCACUGAACGAAGGUGGUCUUUUUAUUGAAAGACAGGGAUAUCAUCUUCCCGCGCCUCCAUCGGCAACCUGGGAGGAUAGUAAAGGUCCAACAGCCGGAAUCACUAAGCCAGGUAUUGCUUACUACGCCACUUCAUUCGAUCUGAAUUUGCCUACGGGUUACGAUAUUCCGUUGUCUUUCACGUUCUCGAACACUACGCUGAGUGCGUACCGUGCGCAGUUAUUCGUCAACGGAUACCAGUUUGGCAAGUUCGUGCAUCACGUGGGGCCACAAACGCGGUUUCCUGUCCCGGAGGGUAUUCUGAACUACCAUGGCACUAACUAUCUUGGACUUACACUCUGGGCGAUGGAAGAAGGUGGUGCCAAAUUAGAAGGCUUCAAGUUGGAGGUUGGAGUGGUCAGCACGACAGGGUUUGGCGAUGUUCAGUUGUCACCAAUGCCAAAAUGGGAAAAGCGAGACGAUGCCUAUUGA